AUGGACUUUGGAGAGAAAUCCAAACUCCUUGGCGAGUCUUUGGAUACUCGGCAACGUUCAGAACCGAAACAUGACACUGUCGGGCCAUUCCAGCUAGGACUAUCGCAGCAAGCUCUCCGAAAAGGUGAAAAGAUUCCCAAGUGGUCAGAGUUAAGCACAGGAGGGAAAGUAUUGCGUACAACGGCACGUACGUCAAAUCUUGGAGUCAUCCUUCUUGGAGCAGGACUUUCUGUUCUCCUUGUUUACUCUUUAACAACCGAACUGUUUUCGAAGAAUUCUCCUACCGUAUUAUAUGGGGAUGCCUGCGAAAAGAUAGAAAAAUCUGCCCGCCUUGCAAAAUACCUAAACGGCCCCUUGACUUUCCAUAACAACCCCCCAUCUGCUGUCCGACCGCGGCAUCGGAAUCGACAUGUCACUUCCCGAGUAAUGGUUGAUCAGUAUGGGCAAGAACAUAUGAUCAUGACUUUCUAUGUUCAAGGUCGUCCGGAAGGAGAACACAUAUCCUCCGACGAAUCUUACCUCGAAGCGAUCUCAAAUUGGUUCAAGGACACAGCUACUGCUUUGCCAGAACUGUCUUUGGACGACGCUGUCGAGUGGUCAAAAGAGACUGGCCAAAAUGUUUGGGAGAAGUCGGUGCGGGCAUUCAAAUACCUGUCUGGAUCACCCCUUCCACCGCCCGCUUUGCCAGCUCUUCCUCCCACAGAAGUUCGAGAAAAUGGCAAGAAGGAAGAAAUUACAGCUUGGAGUUUCGCAGGAAUAUUCUCAUCACUCAAAGGUAAAAAGGAGACUGGACAGUCCAACUCGAGACCGGCAGGGAGGCAGUAUACAGAAGGAGAAGUACAUGCUGAUCUUGUAAAGAAUGCCAAUGGCUACUUCGUCUUCCGAUACCUUUUGGUUGACAUCCCCAAUUCGAGAGACUACAAUCCCAUACGGGUCUUCAUAGAACGUCAGGAUGGUGUCCGAGAAAAUGAACCUGUAAUGCGAUGGGUUUCCUCAUGA